UUUGCAUAUUACUUUACAAAAGCUCUGACUUGUCCACCCUCUUUUCUCGUUCUCCUUUCAUUAUAUUUCUCUCCAUCGUUUCUUGUGCAAACUAAGGAAGAAGAACCACUGGGGAUGGUUUUCCUGGUUGUGAGCAGAGGGGGUUGAUUUCGAUUCCGGGGUGGUUGUGUUUCUGCUUUUGAUGAUUUUUAUCUUGCAGUUUCCUAAUUCUGAGACGUGGAUUUGAGGUGGAUUACGGUUUGGAGGUUGUGCGGAUGGUGAAAAGUCAGCUUAAGAAGUUGUAGUUGUUGCUUAUUGGAGGCUUUUUUCAUGGAUAAGCUUUGCUGCUUCAAUUCUGCUCAUCCUCAGCAUGUAGGAGGACAAGCAUCAUCUUUCUCCGGUAAGGGAAGAAACCAUGAUGGCAUCGUCAAGUAUGGUUUCAGCCUAGUUAAAGGGAGAGCUAAUCAUCCGAUGGAGGAUUAUCAUGUUGCUAAGUUUGUGAAGACUGAAGGCAAUGAAUUGGGAUUGUUUGCUAUUUAUGAUGGUCAUCUGGGAGAUAGUGUUCCUGCAUACCUACAGAAACAUUUGUUCUUGAAUAUACUGAAGGAGGAAGAAUUCUGGGUCGAUCCGAAUCGAUCAAUUUCAAAAGCUUAUGAGACAACAGAUCGAGCAAUUCUCUCAAAUAGUUCAGAGUUGGGUUACGGUGGAUCAACUGCCGUGACAGCAAUUCUGCUAAACAAUCAAAAGCUGUGGGUUGCUAAUGUUGGAGAUUCAAGAGCAGUCCUCUCGAGAAAGGGUAAGGCGAUACAGAUGACAACGGAUCAUGAGCCUAGUACAGAGAGAGACAGCAUUGAGAACCUAGGUGGCUUCGUCACCAGGAUGCCAGGCGACGUCCCAAGAGUAAAUGGGCAGCUCGCAGUAUCCCGUGCUUUUGGAGAUAAGGGCCUCAAGUCUCAUUUACGUUCCGACCCCGACAUAAGAAACACUGAAAUUGAUGCACAUACUGAUGUAUUAAUCCUGGCAAGUGAUGGUCUUUGGAAGGUGGUGAAAAAUCAAGAGGCAGUCGAUAUUGCAAGAUCAGCGAAAGACCCACAAAAGGCUGCUAAGCAUUUGACUAACGAAGCCUUGAGAAGAAACAGCAAAGAUGAUAUCUCUUGCAUUGUUGUUAGAUUUAGAGGAUAGCGUUGUGUCUCUUUCUUGGAAUUCUUGUUUUUGUAUCAUCACAAUAAGGCUACUUAAACAUAUAGGGACAAGUAAAAGGUUUCCGAUGU